AUGCAGCCAGGACAAAUCACACUCAUGCUACACAGACAGAUCUACAGCACAGAGACAGCCAUGGCACCAACCAUCACUUCAGCAGUGACCAUCUCAAACGAUCACCUACCUCUGAACAACAAGCUGAGGAAGCCGAUGGUGGAGAAGAUGCGCAGAGAUCGUAUCAACAGCAGCAUUGAGCAGCUGAAGUCUCUCCUGGCUCCAGAGUUCCUCAAUCAUCAGCCUGAGUCCAAGCUGGAGAAAGCAGAUAUCCUGGAGACCACAGUCAGUUUCCUGAGACGACAGCAACAGCCUGCAUUCUCCUCCAGCUCAGCAGCUGUCAAUCAAGGCUUCUCCAGAUGUGUCCAUGAGGUUGUCCACUUCCUGUCCAAAGAAGAGGUGAAAAUACAGAGCCGGAGAAAACUCCUGAAGCACUUCCAGAAUCUGCAGCCAUCUUCAGACGAGAACAGGAGGGAAAGUGUUCUGUCUCAGCUGAGCUCUACAGAGCAGAAGAUCAUCAGUGAAGAGAAGCCUCCAGUGAAGCGCGCCCUCUGGAGGCCGUGGUAA